AUGAAAUUCGGCAAACUGGUGUCAUUAAGUCUUCUGGUAGUUGCAAUGCUAUUAUUCAAUGGCAGUGAUUCCAAAGAAAUACGAAAGCGUGGAGUUAUGGAUAAUUUUAAUGAAGGUCUUAAAUUUGCCGGGCAAAUGUUUGGUAUUAACACCGCCGCAGAUGUGGCAAACUUAGUGGCCAAAGCUUUUUCGAAAACAGCAAGUAAAGGCAACUCGGAUUUAUUGUCAUCGUUGGUGCAAAAGGGUCUAAAAUCAAAACCCUCUAAAGUGUCAUCGCCAUCUUCAACAGAGGAAUAUAUCAAUACCAAGAAAUACGAUUCACAAGAAAGUGGUCGUGAUCAAAACCAUCAACAGACGAAUGAGAGACACGAGGAAAAACCACAAUCUAGCAAAGAAAAAGUUGGCCUAGAUUUGAAUACGACACAAUUUGUCACCAGUAUUUUACGCAUGGUGGGUUUUGAUGCAACCAAACUAGGGGCAUUGGCCAUAAAUGUUUUAAUAAUGGUGGCUUCCACGAUUGCCACAACACUUUUGGGUAAUAAUACCGAAACGGGCCCCGAGGAACAUUACUCACCAACCGAACAUCAACCACGCAUGUUGUCGGAUGGCACUCCCAUUGAUUGGUUUUUGCAAAAUCCUUCCAAGAAAAUGAAAUCAUUGCUGAAUGAUGCGAUCGAUACAAGUCUGACAGAUAAAAUCACCAAUAUGAUUUCAAGCUAUGAAAGGGAAGAGGGACAAACGUCAUGUGUGAAAAUGUUGAUGUGUAAAAGUGCUCCCUUUAUUUGGGGUAUGCAAAAAUCUAUAAAGAAACGUAUAACUGGCGAUGUGGAUGAAGAUGAGAAAUCGGCCAAAGGAAAUGAUAAAAAGCAAGAAGAAGAUCGUCGUUUAUUCGAUGUCGAUAGUAUGUAUAGACAUUUUCCAAGUCUGGAGGAGUUUCGAGAACAUGCCGACAAAUGUGAAAAGUUAUAUUCAAACUAUUGUAAUAUUACAAAAAUACGCCAAGAACAAUUUAAUUAA